GCCAUCAUCGCCACUCGCCCACUCCACCGCUCGCUCCCACACCUGUGCCUGUGCGUGUGCCAUCCCAUCCUUUUGACUCCUCCUCGGCCGUCACCACCUCACUGUCCUGGUGUCCCUGUCCCUGCCUUCACAGCAGCAUCAAUCAAUCCCACGAGCUUCCUGCUUCUUUCCCGGCCGGUCCGGUUGCCCCCAUCCCAUCCUCGGAAGCCAGCCUCGCCUCGAUCUCCCCGUUCCCUCGUGUGCCGACUGAGGGCGGCGGGGCGACUAAUGGGGACGGGGAGCGCGCGGGCGAUGGCCGCCGCGCUCGCCGUCUUGCUUCUCGCCUGCUCUGGCGCCGUCGCUGUCGCCAGGGCGCAGGACACCGAGCGGAUCGAAGGAAGUGCUGGUGAUGUGCUCGAAGAUGAUCCUGUUGGGAGGCUCAAGGUAUAUGUCUACGAGUUGCCAACCAAGUACAACAAGAAGAUGGUGGCUAAAGAUUCUCGGUGUCUCAGCCACAUGUUUGCUGCAGAGAUCUUCAUGCACCGCUUCCUGUUGUCUAGUGCGAUCCGGACUUUAAAUCCAGAAGAAGCUGAUUGGUUCUAUACUCCAGUAUACACAACAUGUGAUCUCACACCAUGGGGUCAUCCCUUGCCCUUUAAGUCUCCACGAAUAAUGAGAAGCGCAAUUCAGUUCAUUUCCAACCGUUGGCCAUACUGGAACAGGACAGAGGGAGCAGAUCACUUCUUUGUUGUGCCACAUGACUUUGGUGCAUGCUUCCAUUAUCAGGAAGAGAAGGCUAUCGAGCGAGGAGUCCUUCCAUUGCUUCGCCGUGCUACACUAGUCCAGACUUUUGGGCAGAAGGAUCAUGUCUGCCUAAAGGAAGGCUCCAUCACCAUCCCGCCAUAUGCUCCUCCUCAGAAGAUGAAAACCCACCUUGUUCCCCCAGGGACCCCUAGGUCAAUCUUUGUCUAUUUCCGUGGGUUGUUUUAUGACACUGCAAAUGAUCCUGAGGGUGGUUACUAUGCAAGGGGCGCCCGUGCAUCAGUAUGGGAGAACUUCAAGAACAACCCGCUUUUCGACAUCUCAACUGACCACCCACCAACCUACUAUGAGGACAUGCAGCGUGCCGUCUUCUGCCUGUGCCCACUGGGCUGGGCCCCAUGGAGCCCCCGCUUGGUGGAGGCGGUGGUGUUCGGCUGCAUCCCAGUGAUCAUCGCCGACGACAUCGUCCUUCCCUUUGCGGACGCAAUCCCAUGGGAGGAGAUUGGUGUCUUUGUGGCUGAGGACGACGUCCCGAAGCUGGACACCAUCCUGACAUCCAUACCGAUGGAGGUGAUCCUCCGGAAGCAGAGGCUCCUCGCGAAUCCAUCCAUGAAGCAGGCCAUGCUGUUCCCGCAGCCCGCCCAGCCUGGGGAUGCCUUCCACCAGAUCCUGAACGGGUUGGCACGGAAGCUGCCGCACGGCGAGGACGUGUUCCUGAAGCCCGGGCUGAAGGUGCUGAACUGGACCGAGGGCCCCCGUGGCGACCUGAAGCCAUGGUAGGUGUAGUGGCAUGGCAUGGCACCGUCAGCAUGGAUGCUGUUCUUGUGUACACGGCACAACACAACCAGAUGCGAGGCUGAUCGACAACGACGAUUAUGAGUACUCCCAUGUAACUGAUGUAAAUGUAAAGCCCAGCAGGACCUUUGCUUCUUUUUGAGGCGAUGUGUUGUCUGCUUUGCCUGUGUCUGUGUGACAGUGUCUGUUUUGACUUUAUUUUAGUGUUAGCCUAUUAUAGAUUGCAGAUCAUGUGAUGUAUGGCUGUUGUAUUAUAUUAAGCUAUACAGUUGAUGGGGGAGAAAAUAAGGUUAACAGUUAACCCCAAUCCAUGUGACUGACAAUGAUGACGUGUUUCAGUUCUGAAUGUUAAAAUUAGAAUUGUACCA